GUGUCCUCGGCCUCGUCCCUGUUCACCGACUUCGCGGCCCUCAGCAUCUCGCAGAGGAGGAAGACCCCGAACCCCACGGCCAGCGAGUUCGUCCCGAAGGGCGGAGCCGCGCCGCGCCCCGCCCCCCGCCUUCCCGCCCGGCCCCGCCCCCGCCGCGCUGGCGCCAGGGCUGUCGCUGUCGGCCGGGUCGUCGCCGCUGCACUCGCCGCGGAUCACGCCGCCCCCGUCCCCCGGCGCGCGGCGCCGCAGCCACACGCCCGGCCCCGGCCCCGGCCCCGCCCCCGGCCCCGCCCCCGGCUUCCUGGCUUCCGGCCCCGCCCCCGCGGCGCCCGGCCUCAUCCAGAAGGAGACGGUGGGCGGAACCACGUACUUCUACACGCAUGCGCCGCCCGCGCCCGCCGGCCUGGUGUUCCCGAGCUUCCACGUGUACCCGCCCGCGGCCCCGCACGUGGCCUACAUGCAGCCCAAGGCGCACGCGCCGUCCUUCUUCAUGGCCGACGAGCUGCGCCAGGAGCUCAUCAACCGGCACCUGAUCACGAUGGCGCAGGUGGACGAGGCGGACGUCCCGGCCGUGCCCGCCGAGGUCGACGGCUACCACAGCCUGUUCCCGCUGGAGCCGCUGCCGCCGCCCAACCGCGUCCCGGGCGCCGGGAGCCUCGGCUGCGUGACGUCGUGCUACAAGGCCGUGAGCGGCCGCGACGCGCUGGCCUACUGCCUGCGCCGCGUGCACGGCUUCCGGCUGGUGAACACGCGCUGCAUGGUGCUCGUGGACAUGUGGAAGAAGCUGCAGCACAGCAACAUCGUGACGCUGCGCGAGGUCUUCACCACCAAGGCCUUCGCCGAGCCCUCCCUCGUGUUCGCCUACGACUUCCACGCGGGCGGCGAGACGCUGCUGAGUCGCCACUUCAACGACCCGAGCGCAGACGCGUAUUUCAGCAAGCGCAAGUGGGGGCCGCGCCCCGCCCCCCCCGCGCGGCUGCCGCCCGAGUCGCUGCUCUGGGCCUACGUGGUGCAGCUGAGCUCGGCGCUGAGGACGAUCCACGCCGCGGGGCUCGCGUGCCGCGUGCUCGAGCCCAGCAAGGUCCUCGUCACGGGCCGCAGCAGGCUGCGCGUGAACUGCGUGGGCGUCUGCGACGUCCUGACCUUCGACAACAGCCAGAGCAGCAACCCGCUGGCGCUCAUGGCGCAGUACCAGCAAGCCGACCUGGUGGCGCUGGGGAAGCUGGUGCUCGCGCUCGCGUGCAACUCGGCGCUGGUUGUGCAACGCGACAACGUGCCCCGCGCGCUGGAGCUCGUGAGUCUGCACUACUCGGCCGACCUCAAGAACCUCGUGCUGUACCUGCUGGCCGAGCCGGGCCGCCCGCGCUCCGUGCAUGACAUCAUGCCCAUGAUCGGCGCCCGCUUCUACACGCAGCUCGACGCCGCGCAGAUGCGCAGUGACGUCAUCGAGGAGGACCUGGCCAAGGAGGUGCAGAACGGGCGUCUGUUCCGGCUGCUGGCGAAGCUGGGGACCAUCAACGAGCGGCCAGAGUUCCAGAAGGACCCCGCGUGGGCCGAGACGGGCGACCGCUACCUGCUGAAGCUCUUCCGCGACCACCUGUUCCACCAGGUCACGGCCGCGGGGGCCCCGUGGAUCGACCUCAGCCACAUCGUGUCGUGCCUCAACAAGCUGGACGCGGGCGUGCCGGAGCGCAUCAGCCUGUCCUCGCGCGACGCCAAGAGCGUCCUCGUGGUGACCUACGGCGACCUCAAGCGCUGCUUCGAGAACACGUUCCAGGAGCUGCUGGCCGCGGGCGCCGCCGAGUAGCGCGGACACGCGUGGGCGGGGCGGGGGGCGCGCGGGGGCCGGGACGCCCCUGGGCGAGAAGACACGCGGGGGACACGCGUGGGCGCGGACACGCCCCCCCCAGCACGCCCGGCCGUGACCCGGCCCGGCCCCCUCGGGCUCCCCCACGCGUGUUCCCGCCCACGUGACGUGUAAAGACUCUCCGACCCCUGACCCCGGCGUCCGCUCGCUCACUGAGGCGGGGCCCACGCGCGCCCCGCGCCGCCCGGGACCCCGAGCGCCUCCCGCGCCCGCCGGGGACGCGGGCGGGCGAACACGGACCCCCCCCGUCCACGCCACGCGUGACCGCGGCCCCACGCGUGUGCCAGACCCGGCCAGCGAGGACGCGACCUGCGGGAGACGGCGACGAGGUCAAGCCGUGUCUGCUCCCACCGUCUGCCCGCGCCACGCGUGACCGCGGCCACACGCGUGUGCGACACGCGUGUCUGCGGUCUCGGCGACGCACGGCCUCCUCCUCCCUCCCAGCCUGCAGCGCGGCGGGCGUCGCGCUCGGGACACACCCACGCGUGCCCUCCCCACACGCGUGAACCCCGCAAUGGAUUCUUCUCGUGAUCGGGACCCCAGGACGCACACGCGUGAGGUGUUUCAGGGCCGUGACCCACGCGCGCAGCCGCCAUUUCCUACGUUUUCCCACGAAUCGUGUCUCCUGUACGCGGGACACGCGUGUCGGGCACAAGCACGGAGCGUGCGACGGGACCAGCGCGGCCCACGCCACGCGUGGGGCGCACGCGCCCGCGCCGACCGGCGAGCCGCCGGGCGCCCCGGGUGGGCGCGUGCGCCGGGGGUCACGCGUGUGCCCGGGUCACGCGUGUGACACGACUCGCCGGCACGGGCGGGUCUCGGCUCUUUUGUAUUUAUUUUUCACGUUCGCGGGGCCCCACGCGCGAGCCCGGCCGGGAGCCCCUCCCCGCCCCCACGCGUGUCCGCCCCGCGGGUAGCGGGAUUUUUUUUAAUAAAGAAUUGCACACGCG